GAUUAAUUUCGCACGGGGAUGAUGACAAAAAGAGGCGCAAAUUGGUUAUCUUGCCCACCAAGGAGCCGUCUUCUAACUCGUAGCCUAUAUAAUCUCCGCGAUUAAGGGGCGAUAUUGAAGAAAGAAAUCCAUCUUUACAAUCCCUGAUCAGUAAAGAUGGCAUCUUUACAAGAAACAGGUCUUGUUAUGGGUAAAAACGAAUGGUUCUUCGUCGAACCCACCGUUAUUCAUGGUUUCUCUGCAGCUUUCCAUCUUUUGCUUUUGAUUUCCAUUUCCUUUCUUUGGUUUUGGGGGAGGAUUAGUGGUCGAAGUUCCGGUAAACGUGGAAUGGAACAAGUUAGAUUUUUGCAUUACAAAAUUGCUACCUUAAUUUGUGUGAUAUUAUGUUUGUUUUAUAUGUCUGUCUUCAUCUUUGAUCACUUCUGGUAUAUUGAUGGUGGUGGGGUUUCUUAUGUACAUCUUGCCACUCAAGUGGAUUUGGGUGUCAGGGCAAUCGCUUGGCUUGCCAUAUCUGCUUAUUUUCACUACUGUUUCAACCCAUUGCUUGAGACAAGAUUCCCUGCUUUUCUUCGGAUUUGGUGGGGUUUCUAUUUUCUCAUCUCCUUUUUUUCUGUUCUACUAGAUUUGUUUUGUUACAGAAAGCUUGGUCUUUUGGGCACACAUAUGUGGGUUUUGGAUUUUGUGUCUCUUUUUUCUGCUUUGCUUCUUAACUAUGCUGGCUUUUUUGGGAAGAGGGUUGAAGAGGAGAGCAACAUUCUCCAUGAAUCUCUUUUGAAUGGGGAUAUCAGUUCUAAUCAAGAACUCAAUGAGAGUGAAAGUGACAUCGGAAAUGUCUCUUUGUUAACGAAUGCAAGUUUUCUUAGCAUUCUCACCUUCUCUUGGGUGGGUCCUUUACUAUCUGUUGGUCAUAAGAAAACUAUAGAUCUUAAAGAUGUUCCUCAGCUAGAUGACGGUGAUAGAGUUGAUGGUGUCUUCCCUAUUUUCAAAAGCAAGCUUGAAUCAUGCACUAAAAGUAGUUUAGAUAGCAAUGGAAGUUUAAACAGCAAUGGCACGGCUCAAAUUUAUUCGUUCCAAUUGGCAAAGGCAUUAAUCUUAGCUGCUUGGGGAUAUGUCUUGGUUACUGCUGUUUACGCACUAUUAUAUACACUAUGUACUUAUGUUGGUCCCUACCUGAUUGAUUUCUUUGUUCAGUAUCUUAACGGUAACCAAACAUUUGAAUAUGAAGGCUAUGUUUUGGUUGUGGCAUUCAUAGUAGCAAAAUUCUUCGAAUGUCUCUCACAAAGGCAUUGGUUUUUUCAGUUGCAACAUGUUGGUGUUAGAGUCAGGGCUUUCCUGAUAUCUAUUAUAUAUCAAAAAGGCCUUACCUUGUCGAGCCGUGCAAGGCAGGGUCGUACCACAGGAGAGAUCAUCAAUAUCAUGAGUGUAGAUGCUGAGAGAAUUUCACUUUUUAGUUGGUAUAUGCAUGACCUAUGGAUGGUUCCAAUUCAGGUUACUUUGGCUUUGUUGAUCUUGUAUUCCAGCUUAGGCCUUGCUUCAUUGGCUGCUUUAGCUGCCACUUUUGUUGUUAUGUUAGCCAAUGUUCCCUUGGGGAAAAUGCAAGAGAAUUACCAGCAAAAGAUGAUGGAAUCGAAAGACACAAGGAUGAAAGCCACUUCAGAGAUUUUAAGAAACAUGAGAAUACUCAAGCUCCAAGGAUGGGAGAUGAAGUUUUUGUCGAAGAUAAGUGAAUUGAGGAAAAAAGAGACGAAUUGGUUGAGAAAGUAUGUUUAUACAUCAGCAUUGACUACAUUUGUGUUUUGGGGUGCACCUACUUUUGUUGCUGUGGUAACUUUUGGAGCUUGCGUGCUUAUGGGGAUACCAUUAGAAUCAGGAAAGGUUCUUUCAGCACUCGCAACAUUUAGAGUACUGCAAGAACCUAUUUACGUUCUUCCUGAUACAAUUUCAAUGGUUGUUCAGACCAAAGUUUCACUCGAUAGGAUAUCCUCAUUCCUUUGUCUUGAGGAUUUGCAACAGGAUGCCGUAGAGAAACUUCCUAGAGGUAGCUCUAAUGUGGCAAUUGAAGUGAGUGGCGGGACAUUCUCAUGGGACCCUUCUGAGUCUCCUACUGUUAAAGAUUUAAAUUUUAAAGUAUUGCAAGGUAUGAGAGUAGCUGUUUGUGGAAUUGUUGGUUCAGGGAAGUCUACUUUGCUUGCUUGCAUCUUAGGAGAGGUUCCUAAAAUGGUCGGAACGGUGAAGUUGUGUGGGACAACGACUUAUGUUGCACAAACGCCAUGGAUACAGAGUGGAAAAAUUCAAGACAAUAUACUCUUUGGUCAGGAGAUGGAUUUGGAGAAAUAUGAGAAUGUACUUGAAGCGUGUUCAUUGAAAAAGGACUUGGAAAUUCUUCCUUUUGGUGACCAGACAAUUAUAGGAGAGAGAGGAAUCAACCUUAGCGGAGGACAAAAACAAAGGAUCCAGAUUGCACGUGCUUUAUACCAAGAUGCUGAUAUUUAUCUCUUUGAUGAUCCAUUUAGUGCUGUUGAUGCCCACACUGGAUCCCAUCUAUUUAAGGAAUGCUUGCUUGGGAUUUUGGCUUCAAAAACAGUACUUUAUGUUACCCAUCAGGUGGAAUUUUUACCUUCUGCUGAUCUUAUCUUAGUUAUGAAAGAUGGAAAAAUUACUGAAAUGGGCAAAUAUGAUGAUAUAAUCACUUCAGGAAGUGACUUCAUGGAAUUAGUAGGUGCUCACAAGGAAGCUUUUUCAGCUAUUGACCGUAUGGAUCUGGGCCAUCUGGCUAAUGAAAAUUCAAUCAAUACAAUUGAAGACAGCUCCAUCAACACCCAAAGCAGCAAGAAAACUGAGACUGAAGAGCCAAAAGAUGCUCAAAAUUCUAAAUUAGAAGAGAGAGAUAUGCAAAAGGGCCAGCUUGUGCAAGAAGAAGAGAGGGAGAAAGGAAGAGUUGGAUUUUGGGUCUAUUGGAAGUAUAUCACAACAGCUUAUAAAGGCGCUCUUGUACCAUUAAUACUAUUUGCACAAAUACUUUUUCAAGUCCUUCAAAUUGGUAGCAAUUACUGGAUGGCUUGGGCAGCUCCUGUGUCAAAGGAUAUGGAUCCUCCAGUUAGUGUGUUUACACUUCUCUAUGUUUAUGUUGCAUUAGCCAUGGGCAGCUCUGUUUGUAUCCUCAUCAGAGCAUUUCUACUUAUGAUGGCUGGAUACAAAACUGCAACAAUCUUAUUCGAUAAAAUGCAUUUCAGUAUCUUCCGUGCUCCUAUGUCCUUCUUUGAUUCCACUCCAAGCGGUCGCAUCUUGAACAGGGCAUCAACUGAUCAAAGCGAUGUCGAUACAAACAUACCUUCUCAAACUGGGUCAUUAGCAUUUUCAAUCAUACAACUCAUUGGAAUCAUAGCGGUCAUGUCACAGGUUGCUUGGCAGGUUUUUAUUGUCUUUGUUCCAGUUAUUGGAAUAAGCAUCUGGUAUCAGCAAUAUUACAUUGAUACAGCACGAGAACUAGCGCGGUUGAUGGGAGUGUGUAAAGCUCCAAUCAUACAACAUUUUGCUGAAUCAUUGUCAGGAUCAACAACCAUUAGAAGCUUCAACCAGCAAUCUAGAUUUAUAUGCAUUAAUUCAAAUCGAAUGGAUGAAUUCUCACGACCAAAGUUUCAUAGUGCUGGUGCUAGGGAAUGGCUUUGCUUUCGUUUGGACAUGUUAUCAUCAAUAAUGUUUGCUUUUUCUUUGAUAGUAUUGAUUUGCAUGCCAAAAGGGGUUAUUGAUCCAGGGAUUGCGGGCCUCGCAGUGACAUAUGGACUUAAUCUAAAUAUGCUACAGGCUUGGGUCAUAUGGACUCUCUGUGAUCUCGAAAACAAAAUAAUAUCAGUGGAGAGGAUACUGCAGUAUACAAGCGUUCCUAGUGAGCCACCUCUUAUUGUAGAAACAAACAGACCAGAUCAUAAAUGGCCAUCUAAGGGAGAAGUGGAUCUCCGUGAUUUGCAGGUCCGCUAUGCCCUGCACAUGCCGUUCGUUUUAAGGGGUUUAACCUGCACUUUCCCAGGAGGUUUGAAGACUGGCAUUGUUGGAAGAACCGGCAGUGGCAAAUCUACCCUGAUUCAGACACUUUUCCGCAUCAUUGAUCCUACGGUUGGACAGAUUUAUAUUGAUGGCUUGGACAUCUCAACCAUCGGAUUACAUGAUCUGAGAUCAAAAUUAAGCAUUAUCCCACAAGAUCCAACCAUGUUCGAGGGAACCGUGCGCACCAACCUCGAUCCACUUGAAGAGUACACAGAUGAACAAAUUUGGGAGGCCUUGGAUUGCUGUCAGCUUGGAGAUGAAGUUCGAAAGAAAGAAAAGAAGCUUGACUCAAUAGUGGCUGAAAAUGGUGAUAAUUGGAGUGUGGGUCAGCGUCAGCUGGUAUGCCUUGGAAGAGUCAUUCUGAAAAGAAGCAAGGUUUUAGUUCUUGAUGAAGCAACUGCUUCAGUUGACACUGCCACUGAUAGCCUGAUUCAGAAAACACUGAGACAGCAAUUCCUAGAUUCAACUGUCAUCACAAUAGCACACCGGAUAACAUCAGUUUUAGACAGUGAUAUGGUGUUACUUCUUGAUAACGGAUUGAUAGUCGAACACGAUCCGCCAGCAAGACUGCUGGAGAACAAGUCAUCCUUGUUUGCCAAACUGGUUGCAGAAUAUUCAAUGAGAUCAAGCUCCAGUUAUGCUACGCUUGAUAAUUUAUAGAUGGAACAAAUUUACAGCUUCUUUAGGUUCCAUUUCCAACUGUUGUGAGGAGUAAGAAUCUCCAAUCUCUUUGUUUUUGUCUACAUUUUUGUAAUCUCUGUAUUAUUUUUUGUUGCAUCUGCUAAUAUGAUAUAAAUAAAUGAUUCAGCUUGCAGCACUUCGUUGUUAGGCUUGCAUUAUAUGA